GCGUGAUUCCAGUCACGUGACGAGGAAACAAAACAGCAACAACAGACUCUUCCGGCAGAUCCAAAGAACUUUAAAUCAGUUACUUUAGGCCAACCGGUACCAGCUAUGGCCGCCGUCUCCCUCCUGCUCCUCCUCGUCGCCUCGGCGUGUCCCGCGGCGGCUCGCUACACCGCGGACUGGACCAGUCUGGACGCCAGACCGCUGCCGUCGUGGUACGACGAAGCCAAGGUGGGAGUCUUUGUCCACUGGGGGGUGUUUUCGGUGCCGGGCUUCGGCAGCGAGUGGUUCUGGUGGCACUGGCAGGGCCAGCGGCCGCCCGACCCGCACUGUGUGGCCUACAUGUCCGAGAACUACCCGCCCGGCUUCGGGUACCCGGAUUUCGCCCCGCGGUUCCACGCACAGUUUUUCGACCCGGAGGAGUGGGCGGACGUCUUCAAAGCCUCCGGUGCAAAAUAUGUUGUCCUGACUUCCAAACAUCAUGAAGGAUUCACUAACUGGGGGUCUCCUUACUCCUGGAACUGGAAUUCUGUGGACAAUGGUCCCAAAAGGGACUUGGUGAAAGACCUGGGAGAUGCAGUUCGCAGCCGAUCGCUGCACUAUGGCCUCUACAACUCCUUGUAUGAGUGGUUCAACCCGCUCUACCUGGAGGACAAGAAGAAUGGAUUCAAAACCCAACAGUUUGUGAUGCGGAAACUACUUCCUGAACUCUAUAACAUUGUUGUAAGGUACAGACCUGAGGUCAUCUGGUCCGAUGGCGACUGGGAAGCACCAGACACCUACUGGAACUCCACUCAGUUUCUGGCGUGGCUCUACAACGACAGCCCUGUCAAAGAUACUAUUGUGACCAAUGACCGAUGGGGGCAAGGCACUGCCUGCAAACAUGGUGGCUUUUAUAACUGCCAGGACAAAUACACCCCAGGCCAGCUGCCCAAACACAAGUGGGAGAAAUGUACAUCUGUGGACACUUUAUCGUGGGGUUACCGUCGAAACAUGAAGCUCAAAGAACUGAUGGAUUUACCUGCCAUUAUUGACGAUCUGGUCAGCACUGUGGCUCUAGGAGGUAAUUAUCUCCUCAAUGUAGGUCCCACAGCCGACGGGACCAUUCCCUGUGUGUUUGAGGAGAGGCUGAGGGGUGUUGGUGCCUGGCUGGAAACCAACGGAGAGGCCAUCUACACCACCAAACCUUGGAGGGUCCAAAUGGAAAACGGCACCGUGCCAGUGUGGUAUACCUCAAAAGGUGCCACAGUCUACGCUAUAAUAACAGCCAAACCCCCAACAACUACACUGAAGCUGUUGAUCCCCCAAACAUCAGCAGCAACUAAGGUGACUCUCUUGGGUCGUCCGUCCUCCCUACCUUGGGCACCAGUCUACCCUAAUGCAGGCCUCUCCAUCCUUUUGCCUGAGCUACCUUUCACUCCUGGCCAAGCCUGGACACUCAAACUGGACAAUGUCCAGUGAAAUUUGAAGUUAUAAAAUAUUUACCAUGUAAGACAAUGCAUUCAAUUCAUGUUGUAAUUUUUCACUUUGGAGGGAUAAUAGGAUAACGCUUAAGGGAAUUUUUUUAAAUGUCUUUGAUCAUUCCUUUCCUGAUCUGAAAACUUGUUUUUGGUUAAUAUAUGACUGUGUCUCCAUUUUUAAAAAUGUUUUUGGUGAGUUUUUUAUUACCAAAAACGAAAAGUGGCACUCCUGUUCAACAUGUGGGGAUUUCCAAUUUUGUGGAAAAUAAACACUCUCUGUGCUUUUUCUCUCGCAAACUUUG